GGUGACGAGAGAGCUUGUCGGCGAGACACACCCCCAAGGUCAAAAGUUAAAAAGUUGGAAUUGAGUUUCGUAGACGAUAGAUCUACUUAUUAAAUAAGAAAUUUAAUAGUAGAUCUAGUAUUUGUAGUAAACAAAUUAUCGGGUCUAGAUCUACAAGAAAUGUCAGAGAGGUGGGAACAAAAUGGCGGCAUUGUGAUGGCAGAAAAUAACAAAAUAUUAAAAAAUUGGGAUCAAAAUCGCCUGAAACAAUUUUUUUUCAAAUGCGUUUUUAAAAAAAUUGCAAGUUUGUUCGAUGUUCACAAUAGAUCGAUCUGAAAAUUGGGAGGAAUAUAGCCAGACACAUGUACUCUUAGCAGGAAAAAAAUCAACAGGAAAUCCAGCUGAAUCAAGAAACACAGAGAGCGAUUCAGACUCACUUGGAACUACAAAAAGUUGUAUUUCAAAUACUCUACGGAGUCAUGCUAGUUUUAUUGAACGUCUUGAAAGUUUUUCAGCCUUAACAUGGUUUGGUAAACCAUUAGAUUUGAGUCCUUUGGUUUGUGCUCGUUAUGGAUGGGAAAAUGUUGAUACAGACAUGUUGCGAUGUGUUGGAUGCAAAACAUUUUUAAGUGGCCAGUUACCAAAUAAAUCAGAUUAUCUGGCAUUUCAAGAAAGUUAUAACAGGUUAAAAAAGAGUUUAAUUUCUGCACAUGAUAAAUUCUGCAUUGUAGCAGCCAAUCCUUGUCCAGAGCAUUUUUGUCAUGUCCCAGUGGAAGAUCCAACACUACUGAUGGUUGGUUUUACUGAGAGGGUCAAAGCUUUAAUGGUUGUCCAAGACAAACUUCCAUGCAUAGCAUUAUCUAAACUUCAAAGUCUUGGUUAUGAUGAAGGUCAAGCUGGAGCUUACUGUAAGCGAAAUUUACUGCCUGACUAUGAUUCUACAGCCCAAGUUGUAACUCUUGCUUUUGCUGGCUGGACUUGUUGCUUAUCAAAAAAAGAUGUCCUACAGUGCUGCAUGUGUCUAAGACAGAUUGGUAUUUGGAAUUACCUUCCUAUGUCCCAUUGUUCCUAUAGCUCAGAGCAUGUAACAGAGCAUGAAGAUCAGGAGGGAGAGCCCACUGUUAAGAAAAGAAAAAUUGCCAAAGCCUUUGAUCCUAUUGAAGAACAUAAUCAUUGGUGCCCUUGGAUACAACCAUCAUCUUUACCAGUUUUAGCUAUGGCCACAAAUGAAUCUGGGCAGACAAAUCCACAUUCUUAUCUUGCUUGGAUAGCUGCUAUCAAAGUUAUUGCCCCUGGCUUAAUGGACAAAAAUGCAGGCUUAGCAUGCUCAAUGAAAACAAGUCCAAUGGUGGAAGGUUUGCGAUGCUUCCGUAAAGUCAUUAAGUCAUGGUCAUCAAAGAAAUCUGGUCACCAACCAUUUCUUCAAUCCACUGAACAGUUGUAAAUUAAUGUCAAAAUAAAGUGUCAUGUUUUUUAAUUGUAAA